AUGUCUAACAUCCGAAGCUUGUUCGACUCGGGCAACAAUGGUGACCAGGGUGGCAUAGACCCUAAUGCGACUAGUUCCUUCACAGGAGGGGAGAAGUCAGGCCUAGCAGUCUUCAACCCGCCCGAGCCCGGCCAGAACAGGUCUCCUGACAACCGUUUUGUGGUCACUGUCUAUCGCAACGGUUUCCAAGUGAACGGAGGUCCCUUUAGAGACACGUCCAUACCAGAGAAUGCUCAGGCUCUACAGGAUAUGCGCCAGGGGAUAGCUCCUCUAGAAAUUCAGCAAGCAGUGGUGGCAUCUGGUCAGAACAUGCGUGAGGUUCAAGUUAUGGUUAAUCAGAAGGAUGAGGAUUACACUGGUCCAGCUACUGAGGCCAGUCCUAGUGACGACAAUGGUCUUUUUGCUGGUCAUGGUCAAACGAUUGGUGGCAGUCUUGGUCCUAAGGUCGAGACUCACACGGGAGCAACGGUGGACUUGGAUCAGGCGAAGCCUCUUGCAACCAUCCAGUUCCGUUUCCCUGAUGGUCAGCGAAAGGUACAAAAGUUCAAUUUGGAUUCCCACAGAGUCUUUGAUGUCGUAGCAUUCGCAGCCUCAUGCGUAGGGGCGACUGACUCUACUACCCUUACACUGGUCACUGGCUUUCCCCCUAAGCCACUAACUCAGCCUAGCCUUACUGUACGUGAGGCGGGGCUCGAUGGUGCUGCUGUCACUGUGAAGUUAAAUUGA